GAAAUGCAGGCUUGGAGUUUGUAGUGACUUCCCACCCUCCUCCUUGCUCUCAGGCUAUAAAAAGAGUACUUGGCUUCUUCCAUGCAAAUUAGGAGCAAUUCCUGAAUAAGAAUCUCAGCAUCAAGACUGAUGAGGCUGAGUUAGUCUUAUCCGAAAAAGAACAAAAGGAUCCUGUGAGGUUUGUUGUACUAUAGCUCUUUAAAGUAGCAGAACAGAGCCAUGCCACCCCAGCUGCAGUCCCAAAACCAGCCCAGCCCCCGAGUGCUGCAGGGCGACUUGGCCUCGUUGAGCCCGGCUGUGCGGGAAUUCAUCGAGAGUAGCGCUACCCUGUGCCAGCCCAAUGCGCUGCACAUCUGCGAUGGCUCUGAUGAGGAGAACAGUGCCAUCCUGGCUUUGCUGGAAGAGCAGAAAAUCAUCAAGAAGCUGCCUAAAUAUGAAAACUGCUGGCUGGCACGCACAGACCCCCGUGACGUGGCUCGGGUCGAGAGCAAAACAGUGAUUGUGACACAAGAGCAGAGAGACACUGUGCCCUCCCCCCGUGGAGGUGCCAGCAGUCAGCUGGGUCGUUGGAUGUCCCAGGAUGAGUUUGACAAGGCCAUGAACCUACGCUUCCCUGGCUGCAUGAAAGGACGAGUCAUGUAUGUGAUUCCCUACAGCAUGGGCCCUGUGGGCUCGCCCCUGUCCAAGAUCGGCAUUGAACUGACCGACUCGGCCUAUGUGGUGGCCAGCAUGCGGAUCAUGACCCGCAUGGGCAAGGAGGUCCUAGACGUGCUAGGAGACGGUGACUUUGUCCGCUGCUUGCAUUCGGUGGGCUGCCCCCUGCCACUCAAAGAUCCACUGGUCAAUAACUGGCCCUGUAACCCUGAGCUCACUUUGGUGGCCCACAUCCCUGACCGGAGGCAAGUUGUGUCCUUUGGCAGCGGCUACGGCGGCAACUCUCUCCUGGGAAAGAAAUGUUUUGCCCUCCGCAUUGCCUCACGGAUUGCAAAGGAGGAAGGCUGGCUGGCUGAACACAUGCUAAUCUUGGGCAUUACCAGCCCUGAGGGUAAGAAAAAGUACAUCGCUGCGGCAUUCCCUAGCGCUUGUGGAAAGACCAACCUUGCUAUGCUACGUCCAGCACUACCUGGCUGGAAGGUGGAGUGUGUCGGUGAUGACAUUGCUUGGAUGAAAUUUGAUGAUGAAGGCAAUCUCAGAGCUAUCAACCCAGAGAACGGCUUCUUUGGCGUGGCCCCGGGGACCUCCGUGAAGACGAACCCCAAUGCCAUGGCCACCAUCUGCAAGAACACCAUAUUCACGAACGUGGCGGAGACCAGCGAUGGUGGUGUGUACUGGGAGGGUAUGGAACAGAAACUUCCUGAGGGAGUUACUGUGACCUCCUGGAAGGAUAAACCAUGGACCCCUGAGGAUGGUGAACCUAGUGCACAUCCUAACUCCCGCUUCUGCACCCCAGCUAGCCAGUGUCCCAUAAUUGACCCCCAAUGGGAGUCUCCAGAGGGCGUCCCCAUUGAGGCCAUUAUUUUUGGGGGACGCAGACCUCAAGGGGUACCUUUGGUGUAUGAAGCCUUUGACUGGCAGCAUGGUGUCUUUAUUGGUGCUGCCAUGCGGUCAGAAACCACAGCGGCAGCAGAACAUAAAGGCAAAGCAAUCAUGCAUGACCCUUUUGCCAUGAGGCCAUUCUUCGGCUACAAUUUCGGACACUAUCUUUCCCACUGGCUGAGCAUGGACCAACGUCCCCGUGCCAAGCUGCCCAAGAUCUUCCAUGUCAACUGGUUCCGGAAAAGCCAGUCAGGUGGAUUUCUUUGGCCAGGCUACGGAGAAAACAUCCGCGUCCUGGAGUGGGUGUUCCGCAGGCUGGAAGGGGAAGCUGCAGCAGUUCCUUCUGCAGUGGGGUACCUGCCUGCUGAAGGGGCUCUCAACUUGAAGGGCCUCCAUCAGCAAGUGAACCUGGAGGAGCUCUUCGAGCUUCCCAGGGAAUUCUGGGAGCAGGAGGCCCGGGAAAUUCGUGUGUAUUUUGAGACGCAGGUGAACAACGACCUUCCGUAUGAGGUUGAGUGGCAGCUGGAAUUGCUGGAACAGAGAAUACAACAGCUGUGAGCAAAGGGGAAAACCUGACCACUGUUAAUGAGGGUUCUCACAAGCGAGUUAAAAAUAUAGCAUUGUUUCCACAGUGACUUCAUGAAAAAAGAUUUAGAAAGGGAAAUGUAAAAUCGGAUUUGACCUGAGUGAAGUAACGUGAUUUUGAACAAUGACUUGACUGAAUUUUUACCAAGAUAUAAUAAUCCACUCUUUUGCAGUAUUAACCUUGUGAAAAUGCAAUGUCUCACGAUGAACAGAAAUAUGACAUAUCGAAAUACGAUUCAUAAUAAUCACAACUUGUUAGUUGUUCAACCGUAUUUAAAAGUGAGGAGAUACUCAAAAACUGGGAUUCUGUAUUUAACAACAUAACUUAUUUAGUAACAGUACAAUUUUGUAUAUUUAAAUGCCUAUUAAAGAUGGAUUUCUAGAAAUAUGUUUAUGCAUCCAGUAGCAAAAAUACUUUCAGUCAUCACAUAUCU